GCACCACCAAAUUAACAAUACAAGUCCAUCAUCCAUAACCAGAGUGGGGGAGAGAAAAGAAAGAACAGAAACACCACUAAGAUGAUGAGCAACAACAACAAUCCCACCUUGAGGAAGACAAGAACCUUUCUCCUCAAGAAAUCCGAUUCAAUGCAACUCCCCACCGUUCAACCCAUGGAAGUUGUCCCUAAAAGGUCUGCUUCACUAAGGUUCCCUACCUCUCCUCAACUUGUUUUGGGGGAGGAGAUGCUCCAUUUCAGUCACCCACAACAUCCUCUUUCCCAUGUGAACUUACCAGAUCUCUUCACCUGCGCCGGCUGUAAAGAGUACGGCGCAGGCAAGAGGUUCACUUGUCAACAAUGUGACUAUCAACUUCAUGAUUUUUGUGCCUUGGCUCCUCCAGCUUUAAAGAGUCAUCCCUUCCAUUGCCAACACCAACUUGUUUUCUAUUCUAAACCAGUAAAAGGAGGGAUUGCACAAUCGAAGUGUGAUGUUUGCAACAAGCCCAUCAAAGGCUAUGCUUUCAGAUGUGGAGCAUGUAGUUUCCAGAUGCAUCCCUGCUGUGCCAUGCUAUCUUCUGAAAUCAGCUUGCUAUAUGUUCAUCCCCAUACCCUUAGACUUCUACCUGCAUCAACUACACUAUCAAGUGGCAGCGAUCCGAGUUUCGUUUGUGGUGAGUGCAGGAGGAAGAGGUCAGGCACCAGAGUUUACCAUUGCACCGUCUGUGAUUACCAUCUUCAUGCGGUUUGCGCAAAGAAUAUGAUCAAUGGACUUCACGAAAAUGGCAUCAAGAACCGAGAAAAGCCCAGCAUGUUGGGGACUGCAGCUCGCCUCGCAUCUCAAGUGGUCAUCGAGUUCAUCGGGGGUUUGAUGGAGGGGCUAGGGGAAGGUGUUGCAGAAGUGUUUGUACAAAAUGUCACCAGAUCAGGAAGAGGCAAUGGUAGAGGAAGAUGAAGUACACUACUUGAUUCAACUCUACAUGUUUCCUCAUGCACAUGCAGACAAAGUUAUAUAUAAACAUCACAGUUUUCUUUUCUUUUCUUUUUUUUGCUUGAAUUACUUGUGGGG